CAUUAUGAUUACCAUAUUUUCAAUAUGGAUAUAUAAACUAAUUGCAUUAUUUUUGCUCCCAACAGGGUCCAAAGGGAGACAAAGGUCAUCCAGGAUUGCCAGGUCAACCAGGACAGUCAAUCGAGGGUAGACCUGGUCCCCCAGGCCCCCUGGGACCUCGUGGUGACAAAGGUGACUCUGGGCUGCCGGGCGCGCCGGGACCGUCGGGAAUAACUGUCAAGGGAGACCGCGGAGAGCCGGGACAAGGAGGGCUGCCAGGUCAGCAAGGACCUCCAGGACUUCCCGGAUUAAGAGGUCCCCCAGGUGAAGCUGGUCGGGACGGCUUUCCGGGUGUCAAAGGAGACCGCGGUCUAAACGGGUCCCCAGGGCUGACAGGAGCCCGCGGCCCCCCAGGAGACCCAGGGCAACCAGGAAUGAAGGGUGACAAAGGAAUAGGCAUCCCAGGUCAGCCUGGUCAGCCCGGCCUCCCAGGGGAACAGGGGAGACCAGGCUUCCCCGGAAACAAGGGGCACGCAGGCCUGCCUGGACCUGCAGGCCCAGCGGGAGCACCAGGGAUCGGCAGGAAGGGAGACAUUGGACUGCCGGGUCCACCUGGUCUCCAGGGACCCUCUGGACUGCCAGGUCAGAAAGGAGACCAGGGAUAUGGACUCCCAGGACCUCCUGGCAAGGCAGGACUCCCAGGUGCUCCAGGUUUCCCAGGUGUUAAAGGAGACAUGGGUUUCCCCGGAGAAUCAGGUACAAACAUGUACCUUAUCACCCGUCACAGCCAGACCAUACAGGUGCCAGAGUGCCCGUUGGGUACCAAGAAGAUGUGGGAAGGGUACAGUCUGCUACACAUGGAGGGCAAUGAGAGAGCUCACGGACAGGACUUAGGUAUGUCCGGAUCAUGUCUGCCCAAGUUCAGCCCCAUGCCAUUCCUCUUCUGCGAUAUCAACUUUGUCUGCAACUUUGCCAGCAGAGACGACAAAUCCUAUUGGCUCUCCACUGUCGCCACCCAGCGGGAUCUUCCAGACAAACCCCUCAAAGGGAGACGGAUUUUGGACCUGGUGAGUCGGUGUGUGGUGUGUGAGACCAAGUCCAUGGUCAUGGCUGUGCACAGUCAGGCUCCGACUAUCCCAGACUGCCCCAUGGGCUGGAUGAACGUAUGGACAGGCUACAGUUUCCUCAUGCACACUGCAGCAGGUGAGGGUUCCGGCCAGGCACUUCACAGCCCGGGCAGCUGUCUGGAGAAAUUCCGCCCAGCGCCUUUCGUGGAAUGUCACGGAGCCCAGGGGACCUGUCAUUUCUUCGCCAACAAGUUCAGCUUCUGGCUGGCGUCCAUACCCGACUUCUACACCCCCAACCAGAACCCUGCCGCCUACGAAGCCACCAGUGGCUACGUCACAGAGAUGCCUAAGGUCGGCUUACAGCUCAACGACAUAGAAAUGAGAAUCGGCAGGUGCAGAGUCUGCAUGUGGGGGGGAUAGUUGUUUACAUUUAAACAAUCAACAGCUGUGUUUGUCAACACAAUUGAGAGAUCACCUUGACGUAACAAGGGUAUCAAAACUUUAUGGAUUGUAUCGAAAUCCACGUAGCGACAACCGAACACGAUACGCAGAAAGAAACGGGCUCAGUUAGUGUACAAGAGGUCACAGAUUGUACAAAUUGAUCAAGUUAUGGUAGGUUUUGCCAAUGGUGUUAUACUGACACUAGUACUGGUUAAGGUUGUUGAUAAAAUUUGGAACAUUUGUAUUUAAACUUAAUGCUAUUCCAACCAGGGCUGAGAAAGUUUGCAAGUCCCAGUUGAUGAUUUUUGUUUCCCAGCUUGUGCUGCUUAUUGUAAUAUUAAUCCAUACCGAUGAGUGACAUUCUUUGAUAUAAGUAGAUAUUGUUAAUGACAGGAGGUAUGGAGUGUAGGUACUCUGAUAUCCACAGUGCAUCCUUAUUGUCACUUAUGGUGCUACGUAUAGAAAUGACACGAGGUGAUGUUUUUUACAGGGUAGACAUUUUAAGAAAUACCAUGGGCUACCCUAUGCCUAAGUUCCACCACAAAACCUCCCCAGUAUGGGGUAGCCCAGGGCAGAAGAAAUGUCAUAGAACACCCUAUUAUCAGUACGUAUAAGCUCAUUUUAUCCCCUAUCCUGAAAAGUUACACCAGGUAAAAAAAAAAGUGAUACCGAACUAUAUUGACUCAGGCUAUUUUGGCUGUAGUAAAAGGUAAUUGAUUAGCAAUAGAUAUUUAAGAUGCAACAUGUACAAGAUAUUCUUAGAAUUUGUAAUAUUUUAUCAUUUAAUAGGCUAUAACUUCUGGAAUUUUAAAAGAGUUAGUUUUUCCUGAAACCCUUCUUUUAUUAUUGCAUAUUAAUCAAGCAACAAUUCCUAACUGUUGUCCAGUACACUAGAUGUAGGUAACGCUAGUUCACCUUUAUUCGCAUGGUAAUCUAUAUCCGUUGGAACUAAAACAGGAUACUUAGGGAUAUGUAGUUGAUGGUCAGUGGUUCAAAUUGCAUUUUUUUUCAAUAUAAUGCAGUUUGAGACCACCAUUUGUCAACUUGAUAUCCCGAAAUACCCUGGUGUUAAAUACAACGGAUAAAUGCUACCCCGCAAAUAAAGAUGAACUAGCGUUAGAGGGAUUUUUAUUAUUGAUGCAUCUUACUGAGGUAAGACUUAUUCUAUUUAAGAACAAUGGUUUUAAGAAUUUGGAAUACUUAGUGGUCAAAUGUCUUUAACUGGUGCUAUCUAAUCUCCAAUGUCCUACCUCCAUAUUAGAUACAGGUCUGAGCUCAGGUCAUUCACAAGGUAACUUCAACACUGGACUUCUGAUUUUUGGUCAGACCUUGAAAGUACAUCUUUAUUCCUGAGAACGUGAUAUUUGUGAUUUGUGAAUUAAGAAAAGGUUCAUAAUGUGGGAAACUCACUAGAUGGCAGCAUGUUGGUGGCGAGAUAUAGCGAUUUUGUUGUUGCGGACAAACUGACAUAAAACGUAUUGCUUAAAAAACCCAGUUUAUAAUUAGAAAGUGCAGCGUUGUCUGUGAAUUGAAAAAUACAAUUGAAAAUGAUUAGAAUGCAUCAAAAACCAAUUUGCAGUGAUAAAAGGAUGUUCACCUAUCAUACUUAGUGUAACGUAACAUAACAUAUUAUGAAAUGUAUGGAUAACAUUCAAACAAGUCUUACAGUAACAGAAAUGACCAAAGCAAAAGAUGUACCAGAUUUUAUUUCAUUGUGUGUUUUGUACCUUGAAUACAUGACAUAGAAGUACAAAAAAACAUUUUUGCAGCCAUUUGGAGUCUAGUUCUUGGCUAGUUUACACAUUUUGCCACUUGCGUUUGUUUUUUUUGCUAUUCAAACAAAAGUGCCAUUUCAAGCAAGAUUGUGGACUGCACAUUGGAGAAUUUCAUUCACAGCCAGUCACCAACAUGCCACUGUUCAGUGAGAAACCUCCUUGACAUUGAUACUUUGAAAGAUUACUCAAGUCACUUCAUCCGUUUGUUUGCAAAACGAAAUAAACCUGAUAGUACUGUUA